AUGGAAAAACCAAAACACUACUGUUCAGUACCUGAGAAAGAGAGGAAAGAAACUAAACAGCAAACACAGCGCACAGGCCAGGCCAGCGAGUGUAAGAACAGAAUGUGUAGACUCUUCCCCAAUGAAGGGCUGCCAAGAAUUGUGCAUGAUGUCCCCACAGCACAGAGAAGACAGCAAGUAAAAAAGAGGGAAAAGGUGCAAAUCAAAGACCACCAGGAACGAAUGCUUCGAGGGAGGGAACUGAUGGAGCAAAGACUCAAGGAACAACUGAUGAGGAGUGACCAGAGCCAGCUCCCUUCACUUGAGGAGCUCGACCGAGUGAAAGAGGAGAUGAAGGGUCCUGAAAGGGCGAAUGCACACCCGCUUCUGCAGCUGCGCACCAAAAGUCUAAUUAAGUUGGAGAGUCUUUUGGAGAAGUCUCAGGCAGGAGAUGAAGGGGAAACACCUAUAAAGCCUAAUCAAAAGAAAUGCCUGGCCCUGCCACCGUUCUUGAGAAGUCAUGUAUGAAAAAUCAAAGACCAGUAA